UCUUCUCUCCAGCCGUCCACCGCCGCUGCUCCCGAAGAAAACAAAGACAGCUGCUUGGAAACCCACGCGCCUGGCGCCACCAAUCCUCACCCGCCACGGCCAUCCAUCACGCCUCAUUCCGAUCGGCGGCUUCUUUGGUGGCGAGAGAGAGAGAGUUAGUUUUGUUUUGAGUUCCUCGGCGAGGAGGGAGCCAGGGAAGGAUGGGGGAGGGGGUGAAGGCGAUGCUGGCGAAGCCGAUCCAGCUCGCAGACCAGGUGGCGAAGCAGGCGGGGUGGCAGUGCUUCCGGGCGGAGUGCAUGGACCUGCGGUCGCGCGCCGAGAAGCUGGCGGCGCUGCUGCGGCAGGCGGCGCGGGCGGAGCUGUACGAGCGCCCCGCCGCGCGGAUCAUGGCCGACACCGUGCGGACGCUCAACAAGGCCGUGGGGAUGGCGGCCAGGUGCUUCCAGAGCCACUCCCGCCUCCGCCGCUUCUUCACGCUCAACCCGGUGUCCGGCUUCCCCCGCACCCUCGCGCUGCUCGACACCGCGCUCGAGGACGUCGCCUGGCUGCUCCGCAUCUCGUCCCCGCACGCCGACGCGGAAGACGACGACGACGGCGGCCUCCAUGGCCUCCCCAACAUCGCGCAGAACGAGCCCAUACUCUUCCUCAUCUGGGAUCACAUCGCGAAGCUCCACACUGGUAACCUCGCCGCGCGGGCGGAUGCGGCCACCAACCUCGCCUCGCUCGCCCGCGACAACCCCCACUUCGCCAAGCUCAUCAUCGAGGAGGACGGCGUCGCUCCCCUCGUCAAGCUUCUCAAGGACGGCACCGACGACGGCCAGGAGGCCGCCGCCACGGCGCUGGGGCUUCUCGCCCGCGACGAGGAGAGCGUGGAUAAGCUUCUUCAUACCGGCGUCUGCUCCGUCUUUGCAGCCGCGUUGAAACAGCCACCGGUGCGCGUACAGGCCGCCGUCGCGGAGGCCGUCGCGGCGCUCGCGCACCACAACCCGAAAUGCCAGGACUUGCUCGCGCAGACCAACGCCGUGCGGCACCUCGUCGGCCACCUCGCCGCCGGAACUAUCCAAGAACACAGCAGAUACUAUGUUACGGCGAGCGGCUCUAGGAACGGGAAUAUGACAUCCCUUCACUCCGUUGUGCUUGCCAAGACGCUCAGCGUGCACCAAGGUGGCUCUGCUUCCCCUGCCAGUGAGCCGCCGAGCUCGUCGAAUGCUCCGGGUAGCCAGCAGCAAUCAGGCAAGAACCAGAUGCAAUCAGUGGUGCAAUCUGCGAUGGCGGCAAAGACCACGACGAACGGAGGCACGGUUCGGUCCCAGCUGACAGCGAACGGCUCGAGCGGCCGUGGAUCGCGCGAGGCCGAGGACCCGGCCGCCAAGGCUCACAUGAAGGCCAUGGCUGCGAAGGCUCUGUGGAAGCUUGCCCGCGGCCAUGUCGGAGUCUGCAAGAGCAUCACCGAGUCUCGCGCGCUUCUUUGCUUCGCCAAGCUCCUCGAGCAAGGCGACGGCGGCGCCGGCACGGACCUGCAGUUCUACUCUGCAAUGGCGAUCAUGGAGAUCACCCGCGUCGCGGAACACAACCUCGCGCUGCGGCAGUCUGCAUUCAAGCCCAGCUCCCCCGCAGCCAAGGCCGUCGUGGAGCAGCUCCUCCGCAUCGUGAGCAAGGCUGACGACGACGGCCUGCUGCGCCCAUGCAUCACCUCCCUCGGCUGCCUGUCGCGCACAUUCACGGCGAGCGAGACCCGCGUGAUCCGCCCGCUGGUGGAGCUGCUCGACGAACGCGAUCUCCCGGUCACCAAGGAGGCCGUGGUCGCGCUCACCAAGUUCGCGUGCACCGAGAACCACCUCCACGUGAGCCACUGCAAGGCCAUCGUCGACGGCGGCGGCGCACGGCACCUCGUCCAGCUCGUGUACCUCGGCGACCAGGUGCAGAUCGAGGCGCUCAUACUGCUGUGCUACAUUGCGCUGCACGUCCCGGAGAGCGAGGAGCUCGCGCAGGCCGGUGUGCUCGCCGUGCUCCUCUGGGCGUCCAAGCAGGCGCAUAUGGUGCAGGACCUGCGCGUCGAUUCGCUGCUCCCCGACGCCAAGGGUCGGCUCGAGCUUUUCCAGUCCAGAGCAUCGCGGUGAUCGAAACUGACGAGGGCAUUGGCAGCGAUCACCGGAGUUGAAGAAGAUGAGCUAGCCAUUGCUUCAUCACAAAAUCGGAUUAGAUUCAUGUCGAAUUUUCAUUAGUUUUUUUUUCCAAAUUCUUGUUAUGUUGUUGUUAGAGUGUACAUAUCACACCUUCAGAGUUGUUGCUUUGUCUCAAAGAAA